AUGUCGCGUCGAACCACUGUGCCUGAGCAACCCGCCCGCCCGUUUCCCGUAGGAACAUGGGUCCUUUAUGGCUGCGGUGCAGGACUGCUCGGUGUAGCAGCAAUGACUGUCGGAGAGAAGAUUGAACAAUACUUUACUGGACGACCAAGCUCAUAUGUCCCCGCCCACACGCUAGAGCGACUACUGUCCUUCCCUACCCGGCCGGACAACGAACGGUUUGGACUGAACAUGGCCAUGCAUUACGGGCAAGGUGCAGUUGCGGCCGUCAUUCGAGCAUUCAUGAGCGUCAACGGGAUUCGAGGACCGUUUGCCGACUUUAUGUUCAUCUCCGUCCGGUUGAUGAUUGAUCAAACGCUCGAGAAUUGGACGGGAGUCGGCGCUCCUCCAUGGACGUGGCCUGUCAAUGAGCAGAUCAUCGAUGUACUGCACAAGGCAGUCUAUGCUUUUGUGACAGGGUACUUUACAGACAGAUGGCUUCAAUGA